CUCUGGUUCACUGGUGCCACGUUGGCAAUCGAGUUUCUAGCGCUGAACAAUUAUCGCCAAGAGAGCUUGUAAAUUGCGUCAGUUUUCGCACCGGUGUCUUUAGACAAUAGCGGAUAUUGAAAAUGUGAAUAAAUGUCAACGUGAAAAGAGUGUCCAGGUGUAAAGCGGUUCGCGCGGACGGUGCGCUCCAAGGUGGGGCGAGGGCAGGCUCGAGUGAAUCGUCGGCUUUUCCUCGAAUUACAAUUUUACGUUGACCAGCGACGAUCGCAUACAUAUAUUCGAAUGCUAAGCUAGUGCUUCGCUAAGUAUAGUCUCGUACGGUCGGUGUUUCGUUUAAUGCGUGAGAAAUUAGUGUGAUAUAUGCCAAAUCAGAUAGUAAUGUCGUCGGACAUGAACCUGUUCGAUCUGCUAGAAGACACGUUUCUUAAAGGGGACGUUAAGGAUGAGUUAUUCGAUGAUAAUUAUGGCGACGAUGUCAUCGCGGCGGAGGAAUGCCCGACGAAUCCCGAUGACUUAUUUGCCUCAAUCUUGAAGAUGGAGGAAGAUUCGCAACUCGAUUUCAACUUGAUCGGCGAGGAUCUCGAAACUGUUCCAUCCUCUUCGUCAGAUAGUGGACUCUCUAGUAUACUGAGUCUUCCCUAUGAACAACAAUUGAGUCCAUUUUUGUCGAGGGCGGAUAAUAAUGCGGAGGAACAAAUUGAGAUUAGCAAUUCCGAUUUAAGCAGUCCACAGGACUAUGUAGACUUUGACCCUGCAGCUAGUCCAUCUCUGGGCAGCAUAGACAGUCCUGUCAGAUCUGUCAUGAGCUCUAAUAUUGGUUCACCAGCCACUGACGUGGUCGAAGAGAUGGACUAUGAACAAACUUUAGUUGCUGUCGUAACGCCAAACAAUACUAUGUCAAACACGAACGCUACUAUUGCCACAGAGCAAUCGAUUUUUGAUUCAGCACCUAAACAAGAAAUUCGUAUUACACCACAGGAAAAUACCAUGAAUGUUCGUAAUUUGACAUGUAAUGGAAAGCAGAAUAUUCGACAAUUGAUCCGCGUCACUCCUGUGGGUAAUGGAUCUGGUAAUCCACGAUCUAUUUUGUUGCCAGUGAGUCUGAAAGACAUAAAAGAAGUUCGAACUAUUAAAAUUAUGACAGCUUCUCAAGCGAAAAAUCUGAAAGGCUUUAAAAUCAAUCAAGCAAAUAUUAUCAAUAAACCUGUUCAGGUGGGCAAUAUAUACAAGAUGACUAUCAAGCAAGAGGAUUCCAGCAGUGAUAAAAGUUGCAACUCGAGUGACGAGGUGCCAUCGGAAACGGAUUCUCCUUAUCCGCGGCUCAAAUUAAAUGCCGAAGAGAAGCGACUAUUGCAAAAAGAAGGCAUCACAUUGCCAAGUCAUUAUCCAUUGACUAAGCACGAAGAACGUGAAUUAAAGAGAAUCAGACGUAAAAUUCGCAACAAGAUAUCUGCACAAGAUUCCCGUAAGAGAAAAAAGGAAUAUGUGGACGGCUUAGAGGAUCGUGUGAAACAAUGCACAGAAGAAAAUAUAAGUUUGCUGAAGCGGAUCAAGGUCUUACAGUCGCAAAAUCAAAGUCUGGCCGGUCAGUUAAAGCGACUGCAAACGCUUAUACAAAAAGGCAACAAGAGUGCUCAACCAGCAACUUGCCUAAUGGUCUUGCUGCUUUCGUUAGCUCUCGUCGCUUUACCAAACUUGCGAUCACACUCCAAUAAUAAUAAUAACGAUCUAACUCAAAAACAGGAGCAGUCAGAAAAAGCAUCAUUGGCGGGCCGUUCGAGAACUUUAUUGUAUACAAAGCAAUUAAUGGAUGAAGAACUACAGCAGUAUGGCGAAGAGCUGUUGCAGGAAGUUGAAGGUCUCUUGGACCACGAUUACAGUCCGGUAAUGCAGAUGCCUGUUUAUAAACGUGCCCGCAUUGACAGUGAAGCCGCAACUAAGUACGUCUCUUCUAUGAACCAUGUGGGAGGAACGCUUGGUUUAAAACCAUAUCUUGCCAUUUCAAAAACAAAUAAACAGUAUAUCGAGCCACCAUUGGAUGAUGUAUGGCCACCACCAAAUCCUGGUGGGCAAAAGACAGUCAAAGUAAUAAACAAGAUUGAAACUUUUACUAACGAAUUCAAAAUCAACAUCUCUGAUACUGAAGGCACUAGAACAGUUCUCGUCCAGAUGCCUCAUGAUAAAUAAAAUGAAAUAUGUUUCUCGCGUUAGCUUGAUAAUCCAUGAAAAGUAAGCAGAAAUCAUAUGUUAGGUAACAUUAGAACAGCAAUGACAAAUGGGACAAAUACGUUUCUUUUGUUUUAAGAUAUUACUAAUGGCCAAUUUCUAGCAAAUUUUUUAUAUCCAAGAUAUAGAAUAGCUUUCAGAAAAUACAAUAAUUAUACAACUAUUGAAUAACAAUUGUCUAACUACGAUUGUUAUAUGUCUAUAGAUCUAACAAUAUUAAUAUUAGUAUUUUCUAAAUGUAGAGUCAAUAUAUUUUUCAAAUAUAUCUGCUAUUGACUUUAUUAUUUACUUUAUACUACAACGAUUUAUUUAAUAUUAAACUGUAAACCGCAGGCGGCCAUAGCCAAACAUUUUUGCAAGAGAAAGUAUAUAUUUUCUUUGAUUAAUAUAAUCUAUAUACAUAUAUAGCGUGGAAAUUGUGUAGAAAUUGUCCAAGAAUUUUUAAAGAUUAGACAAUAUAUAUCAAAUAUUUAUUUAUAAAAGCUAUAUAUACAUACUUAUGAGAGUCUUAUGAUUAUAAGUGUAUUAUUCAUCAUUUUUGAAAUUAUAUAUAACAAAAAUUUUUGUAAAUAUAAUGUUUAUCAUAAAAUUUGUUAUACAUUAUUAUAGCUUUAAUGAUAAAUGCAAUAUAGCUCUAUAAUUAAUAAAGAUAUAAGAUAAGCAUGUGAAUCAUAUGUAUUUACGAUUAGAUAUAUGUAAAUAUAUUCACACAUAUGUGAAUGACAUAUAUGUCAAAAAAAAGUAUAAACAUUUAAUAAUAGGAGGUGUAUGUAUGUGCUAAUGUGUUAAGUGUAUAGUCAAUAGUUUCGAUUUUUUGAAUUUAUAUUAUCUUUGGAGCCUACCUCUCAUAGGCUAUAUAUCUUUCAUAUACAUUUAAUAUUGUCACUUUAUAAUCAAGGUAUAAUUUUAAUAUUGUCUAAAACAUUUUAAUGUUCAAUACAAAUCUUUUUUUUAUUUUAUAAAAGUAAAGGUAAUGAAAUCGAAGAAAAUUAUAAUUUGAUGGUUAAGCUAUAAUUAAAUUGUGUUGUACAUCGAUUUAAGAAUAUCUGUUUAGAAUUUGUAGCAUUAAGUUUUAUAAGCUCUGUACAAUUCGGCUAACUUAUAUUUAUGAAUUGUGUGUUCUUAUAGAUAUGUAAAAUACAAUUUUAUUAAUAUUCUGACCACCAAAUUUUCUUCGAUUAUUAUUAUGUGUAUAUAUAUAUAUAUAUAAUAUAUAUAUAUAUAUAUAUAUAUAUAUAUAUAUAUAUAUUUAUAUUUAUAUUUUUUGUUAAUCACUUCUAUGUGAUAUCUUAUUAAAAAAACAAUGUUUAGAAUAAGUGUCAUGGGCAUAAAAGUUAUGAUCAUCAUGUAGAUGUGACAAUGUAAAUCAUUCAUGUGCACAAAUCACUCAUGCAAAUAAAGAGUUAACACAAAAUAAUGAAAAACAAAUUGUUUAACUCGAUAAUUUUGCAUGUAACAAUUAAAGCGAAUAGAAAUGGUAUAGUUUUUGUUGACUUUAAAGACUGUAUUAUAUAAAGAAAGUAUAUUGAUUUAAUUUUAAAAUAUUAUUUGCUUUGUAUAAGAAUAAUUUUAUUUUUUAUAUUGGAUUAAGUUAGAAUACAUAUUGAAUUAUUUUUCACUUAUGUAUACUUGAUAGAAUAUAUAAUACACACAUAUAUACAUGCAAUUAAGUGAGAAUACUGGCACAUAUAUAUACAUAUAUGUAUGCUACAUGCACGAAAUUGUAAAUAAAAUAUAUUAUUAAAAUGUAA